AUGAACAUUUUCGGACUAGGAUUAGUUGUCAUACCGAGACUAUUAUCGGCCUUUUGAGGGAAUACUUGAUUGAUACGCAGCUUCAGAUGUUCCGUGAUAGUUGCUUUGGAUAUUUCUUGGACCUUCCUUCUUUUAAGAUCCAGAACCAGCUUAUACAUUGCAUGUUACUGAGGGAGGUUGUCCCCAGUGUGUUACAAGAGUUUGGAUUAAACUCAAUGGAUGUUUAUUGAGAUUUGGUAUUGGAGAGUUCGAUGUUAUUACUGGUUUGAAGUGUGUUGAAGAUGAUGCAACUGUGUAUGAUAAACCAAGCGUCAAUAAGUUGAUGGAAGUGUAUUUUCUAGAAAACACAUCAAUAACGAGGAAGCAGUUGCUUAAUUGCUUCAAGGAAAAAGAAUGGAUGUCGGAUGAUGAUGCGUUCAAGAUGGCUCUGAUGGUAUUCAUCCACCAUUUCUUAUUCUCAUAUACCGAUGAUCACUGUAUCACCAAAGCAAAUUUUGAUAUUAUUGAAAGUGGUGAAUAUCAGAGUUAUGCUUGGGGGAAAAAUGCUUUGAAGAGAUUCUCAAAACAACGAGGGAUAAACUGUGUGAGUAUUUGACAAUGUACAGGCCUGGAGGGUUGCCGCUUGCACUACAGACAUGGUUUUUCGAAUGCUGCUCUACAGUCGAUAAAAAACUCGUUGUUCGUGUUGGCAAUAAUGUGCCACGUCUUCUUAACUGGAAAGUAACUGAUUCUCCGACGUAUACGAGCUUGACUGACGGUGUGAUUAUGCCCAGUAUCGACAAAAUGAAGUACUGCAACAUUUCUCCUACCAGUGAGGAAAAAUCAAACUUGAAUAUUGCUGUAUUUUUUGAAGAUAUCAAUGCCGACUAUGUUUUUUCACGGGGUUUGCCUGCUUUUCAAAAUGAUGAUUCUAACAUUUCAUCCCCACCUCAUCCUCGAAAUAUGGAGCAGCAGCCUAAACAACCUCAUCCUCAAAAUACGGAGUAACAACACAUAUUGAGACGUGAUCCUUCCGGGAGCAGGAGUAGUGAUGAUUUGAAGGCUGAAUUUAAUCUGUUGAGGGGUGACAUUUCAAAGGUACUGCAUCUUGAUCUUUUUGUACGUUGUCAGAUGUUUUUGUAUACACGUGUUUGUUAGCUUAAUUUAUGUCGUUUUUUCUUU